CAUUGAUACCGAACCGACACCGAAAAGACACAGUUUCAUUUUACAAACGUUUUUAUUUUAAACGAUUUCGUAUUUGGCCUGAAAUCUCACAAUGCAAUUUUUAUCUUUAAGCUUUAUUCUUUCUAUAGUUAUAGCUAUAUACAUCAUUCACACAAUAUGGAGUUUAGCUGAAAUUUUCAUACCACCUAAGUGCGUUCGUGGCGAGAGAUGUUAUUCAUCAUAUUUGAAUUCUAAUCCAGUGCAGCAUCUUGUUUUAUUUACUUCUGUAAAGCAGUUUCCUCGCUUUGAUGGAUCCGCAGCAGAAUCUGUCACAAAAGUUCAUACUUCUUUAAAAAUUGACUAUCGGAAUCCGACAACUAUAGAUGUGAACAUCAAAAUUCCUCGAAAAACUCGCAAUAAUGGCACAUUGUACAUGCAUGCAGUUUUGUUGGAUGAAAGCCGCUUAUAUAGGGAUUUUCGAGAGCUCCACGCGACUGAGUCGAUGCAUACCCUACCUCUAGUAACUUACGUGGAACCCCAGGCUGCUACAUUUAAUUUGCUCAAUCAUAAUGAGGUAAUAGAUAAACCUGUUCAGAAAAGUAUAAAACCAUACUCACAUAUAACCACAUUAGUUCCUUUAUCAAUUCUGACUGACAACAUAAGGCUUCCUGGAAGAAUGCCUCCUGAGCUGCUGCAGUAUUUGAGAGUACGCAAUGGAAAAUUUCUGCCUAUUAUUGUACAUAAUUUGUUAAAAUCUAGAAUGUCACAUUUGAAACUACUAAACAAAAGUAUGUCUGACGUAAAUAUAACAGUUACUGUAAACCCAACAACUUAUGGAACUUUACGAUUGGCUCUACAUGUGCGCUUGACAUUGGAAUUAUUGCACGGUUUCGGUUUCGGUGAAAAAGAUGUUGAUGAUGUUAAAGGAAUAUUUGAAGAUACGAAUCUUUAUUUGUUAUCAGCUACUGUAUUUAUAUCUAGUUUUCACUUGUUAUUUGACUUCCUGGCGUUCAAGAACGACGUGUCUUUCUGGCGCAGUACGCGCUCGCUGGCGGGCCUGUCUGCGCGUACGGUGCUGUGGCGCGCCUUCUCACAGCUUGUUAUAUUCUUCUAUCUACUAGAUGAACAGACAUCUCUCUUAGUGCUCAUUCCGGCUGGCAUUAGUGCUGUUAUAGAGAUAUGGAAGGUGACGAAGGUGCUGCAGCUGCGCGUGUCAGUGUGGAGGUGGGGGCUGCGCGUGUGGCGGGAGCGCGGCGGGGACGCGGCGGAGCGCUGCACGGCGCGCGCUGACGCAGAGGCUAUGAGAUAUCUCUCCAUCUUACUCUACCCGCUUUGUAUCGCUGGAGCUCUCUACUCAUUAGUAUAUGAACCUCAUAAAAGUUGGUACUCGUGGGCGCUGCUCAGUGUGGUGAACGGAGUUUACGCGUUUGGAUUCCUGUUCAUGUUGCCGCAGCUGUUUGUGAACUACCGGCUGAGGUCUGUGGCGGCGCUGCCGUGGCGCGCCUUCAUGUACAAAGCCUUCAAUACCUUCAUCGAUGAUGUCUUCGCCUUCAUCAUCACCAUGCCAACUGCACACCGCGUGGCCUGCUUCAGAGAUGACCUCGUCUUUCUUGUCUACCUCUAUCAGCGAUGGCUGUAUCCUGUAGACAAGUCGCGUACAGACACCGCGACAAGCAUGAUUGAUGCACCCGAAGAAGAACCACUCAAAAAGAAAGAAGAUUAGUGAAUUUAUUUUUAAUUUAAUUUUUCUCGAGGCUUGGUGCUACAUGACGCUGACUAUUACAGACAUUAUAAAUAAUUAGCAAUAAUAUUACUUGAUUUUUUUAUCUGUAAUAGUAAAUUUUGUUAUAGAAUUUUUUUUUUGCUUGGAACAUGACCGAAUGUUUCGGUGUGCGCCAUCUAGUGAAAUAUUUAGCUACUAAUAUAUGACAUUAAACUGAAAAUUCAUAAGAAAAAACAUUCUUACUACGAUUAGACAUACGAGCUCCCAAAAAUAGAAUCAUGAUAACAAUCCUUUGUGUUGGAAAAGCCAGGAAUGUUUAAAAUUAUAUUUAGUUUAAAACAAACUCAAAAGAUGGCACUAAUUUUUUUUUGUCUAGUUUCCAUCUCAGGGUAGAUAUCAAAAGCAAAAAGAAAAAUCUAACUAAAUACUAUACAAUAUGUUUGUAGAAAAUGUAUUCCUCUUGACUUGUUUACUUUAUUCAUAAAAUUAAUCUACCAAUAUAUUGGUACAAAAACAUAUUUGAUUUCUCGUAUUUUUCUUGAUGAUACAAAGAUUAUGUGUUCGUUUUCGUGAUAGUAUUUUUUGUUAGUGAAUUUUAUUUAUACAUUUGAAUAUAAAUAAAUAUAGGAAAUUGGA